ACGAGCAGCGGGGUGCGGGGACCGUGCCCGCGGCAUCCGCCACCCAGCCCGCGCAGCUGGGCACAGCCAUGGGGAGCAGCCGCCGCUCCAGCCGCCGCGGAGAAACUCCCCUCCGGAUGUCGGCUGCGGGUGGCCUGCUCUGAGCAGCGGCAGCAGCAGCAGCAGCAGCAGGAGGAAGGGCCGUAGCACCGGCGAACUGUGCAAGUUGCGCUCUGCCCUUCUACUCGCCGGCCCGUCUCCCACCCGCGGAGCAGCAUGCGGACUGGCCUCCGCGCUCCCUCCGAUGUGCUCAGGCUGCCGCCGCCUUCAGUGCAUCCUGCUGCUGGCAGCGCUCACCCGGGCGCUGGAUGAGACGGGAGCAGGGAGCUCGCUGCUGCGGUUCCGCCCGCUCCUUCAUGCGGGCUUCUGCUCGGGCGGAGCGAGCACCGCGGCCGCGGAGGAGCCGCGCUGCCCUGGCGGCCCGCGCCCGCCCGCCCGGGGGCCCCGCAUGGCGUGCUACCUGGUCAUCAGCUCCCGGCACCUCAGCAACGGGCACUACCGCGGCAUCAAAGGCGUCUUCAGGGGACCGCUCUGCAAGAAGGGCGCUCGCUCGCCGGUAACUGCCACCUCCUCGCCCCCUCCCUCACUUGCCCCCCGCACGGACCCUGCUGAGAAGGAGAAAGCUGCAGCCAAGGCCCUGGAGGACGUGAAGGCAAACUUCUACUGUGAACUGUGUGACAAGCAGUACCACAAGCACCAGGAAUUUGACAACCACAUCAAUUCUUAUGACCACGCUCACAAGCAGAGAUUGAAAGAUUUAAAACAAAGGGAAUUUGCUCGAAAUGUGGCUUCAAAGUCAUGGAAAGAUGAGAAGAAGCAGGAAAAAGCACUCAAGAGACUCCACCAGCUGGCAGAGUUACGGAAGCAAUCAGAAUGCAUCACUGGGAGUGGACCAUUGCUUAAAGCCCCCCGAUUAGUCCUGGAAAAGCAGCAAUCCCCAGAUGGCAUUUUCCUCUACAAGGGUGGCAAGUUCACAGCAAGUUCUCAAAGAACCAUCACAAGUGAAGGACAAGGUUUCUCCAAAAGCAUCCUAGAAAAACAGCAGCUUAUUAUAAGCAGGCACCAUCCCCCAGCUGAAAGACACCGUGCUCUUGGAAAUCACAUCUCCAGAAUGUUCCCAGACAGAAACAACAUCUCUCAAAGGGCAGGAGUGUCUUUUUCAUUCUCCAAAAAGGUCCCUUUGAAGCUUGAGUCCUCAGCAUCAGUCUUCAGUGAGAACUCAGAGGAAGGAAAUGAUUGUAGUGAGUCCCCCAACCAUAAAAAAAAGCAAACAAUUGAGGGCUGUCAUUCUGUCACACUUUUGGAGGAACAGCUGAAAGCAAGCUUGGAUAAAGAGUCACCUGUUACACAAGACCAAAUGGAUUUGGAUAACAGUGCAUCAAGUCACCUAGCUGCAAAACCUAAAAUACUAAAGGAAAAUGAUAAAAGUAGUGAUAGGGAAUCAGAAGAAAAAUUCAGAGCGAAUCCUUCAUUUUCUAAAGUCAAAAUACCACUUUCAAAUUUGAAUUUUUCUGCUUCACUGAAAGAAACAGAGCAAGAGAGCAAAGUACAAUUCUUAGAAACUCCCAUUUCAUCUUCAUGCCAUGCUAGCAAUUUUUGUGCACAGCUGAACACCUGCAAGCACAGCAAUGCCCACCUGCCAGACCAGACAUCUGAGCUCCCACGACAGCCAGCACCUGAGCUGACCUGUUCAAACAACAUCAAUGACAGUUCUGGAGUGAUAAAAAGGGAAAGACCUCUGAAGAUUACAGAAACAACAGAUGGAAAUAUGGAAACAUUAGCAAAGGAGAAGGUGGUUAAAGAAGUCAAGCCCCAGGCAUUGCCUUUCCUCCAUGUAGUGAGCAAAGAUGGCACCACUGCUCUGCAGUGGCCCACAGAAUUACUUUUGUUUACAAAAACUGAGCCCCAUAUUUCAUAUGGCUGUAAUCCAUUGUAUUUUGACUUCAGACUCUCUUUAAAUCACAGGGAAGGUAAACAGCAUGAAACAAACAAAGCAAGCUGUAAAGAGCUCUCUGAAAAUAAGACUGCAGAUGAAUAUGAACCCUCAGGUUUAAUAAAACACAAGCAAAUGUCAAAUGAACGAGAUAAUCAGUUGUUGAAACCAAAGAAGAUGAAAGGUUCCCUAAAGCCAAGAAAGGCCAAGCAAAAAGCUGAGUCAGACAUAGGGAAAGAAAUGAAUGGAAAUGGUCAAAAAUGCAUUGCAGAUUAUUUGAAUGAAAAUAUACCCAAAGUGCCUGCUUACCUUGAUGUCUCACAAAAGGAUUAUGUAACAGAAAAAAGUCUUUAUACAACAACACUGAGAAGACCUUUAAAGGAUCAUUUCCAUGGCUGUGAAAGAAAAGCUCAGAACAUUAGAAAUGAAAGCAUUUCCUUUUCUGCUUUCAUGUCUAGGAUUAAAAAAUCUGGAUCUGCAAAAUGUCAUUUAGUUGAUUCUGAAGAAAAAUAUGAGAACCAAAGUGACUCCAGAUCCCUUCAAGAUGUGGUCAGCUGCAGCAGUGACAUAAGUGACAGUGGAAAAGACUCUAGUGGAAGUUACUUUAGUUGUAAAUCCAGUUCAAACAGCAGGUGUUCAGAUAAUGAAGGAUGUGGAAGUUACACGAGAUGCUGGAGAUUCCCAUCUCCUCAAAAGUCCUCAUCUAGCAGACAUUCCAGCUGUUCUGACACUUCAGUUAGCAGUACAAGCAGCUACACGAGCUACACGAGUCCCACAUCAAACCAUCACAGAAGAAAUAAUUUACUUUGUUGUUGUAAAAGAAAAAGCAAGACAGAUGAAAGGCACAAAUGUAAACACAAAAAGCACAAGUGUAUUUUCACUUCAGAUGAUACAGAUGAGGAUUAUCUUUGUCAUAGUAGGAGUCACAGAACUAAAAACUGCAUUCAGAGUGGCACAAUUAAAUAUCGAAGAUGUUCAAGACAUAAAGUUUUGCAAAUCAGAGACAGGUGUAAACACAGCAGAUGUAGAUGUCAGCACUUUGGCAAAGUGCAUAGUAGGAGUAGAAGCUACCACAAAUCCAAAAGUGGUUCCACCAGUGAUUCAAGAAGCAGUGAAAGAUCAUUGAGCAGCAGAAUAUCAAGAGGCAGCAGUUCAGGAUCCUUCUCAAAACAGACUGACAACAGUGACAAUACAACAAAAGAGGAUGCUGAAAAAGGUUCUAACACUGAACCAGGAAAAGCUGAAACUGCACAUUCCAACUCCCUGAAUGGGAAUAGUCAGUCUAAAAUCUUUGCCACCUGCUCUUCCAAAAACGUGGCAAAAGACAUAUGGGGAAAAAGAAAGUCAAUGACAGCCAAGUUGCUUUUAGAAAGAGUGCAAUCUAAGAAAACCCAGGAACAAAUGCAUGAUUCAGAGAGAUUUUCAAUCAGUAGUGCAGUAGAAUUAAAGGAUCGCUCACAAAGUCACUUUGCUCUUCAGUUUUCAUCAUCAGUAGAUGACAUUGCAAUGUUACCUUUGCCAGAGAAAGUGCUAAGCAUAGGUAAAAAUGACAUGGGACAUAAUGGAAUCAGUUCAUUGGAAAACAGUGUGAAGAUAAACAACUGGGAAGCAUCAGAGAUAACCAAUGUUGCUCUUUCACCUGGAACUGAUUAUGAUCAUUGUGUUCUUAAAGACAUAAUUCAAAUUGAAACAGGCUAUCAGAACCCAAACAUAAGAAGGAACACAGCAAUAAAGGAACAAACCAAUCUCUUCAUUAGUGAAAUGCAGCCCUUUAUACAAAGCUGUGAUCCAGUACCAAAUGAUUUCCCUGGUGCUUUUCCCUCUAAUAGAUAUUCUGUUGCUAAUUCAACAGAGACCAAAGAAGAACUACAUGAUGUAAACAUGGACUUGAACCGGGCAGAAGGCAGUUCAGACUCUUUCUGUGACAAUGCUAUGCAGAAGUAUGGUGACACACUAAAUGACCUAGAAGUGUACAGUAAAUCCACCUCCCCUCCUUUAACACAGCAGCCUAUCACGUUUACUCCAGAAGAAGUAGACAAAUACAGGUUGCUGCAGCUGCAAGCCCAGCAGCACAUGCAGAAACAACUUCUGGCGAAACAUCUGAAAGUUUUGCCUGCCCCGGGACCAGCUGCCUUCUCUGGCUCACCAGCAGUUGCUGCCCUCCCUGCCCAGCAGCAGGCUGCAGUCACCACCAUCCAGCACACGCUGCUGCAGCGCUUCGCUGUCUCUGCGUCCGUGCAUCCCCACGGCAGCCCCCUCUCCCUGCCGCCCCUGCACCCCCUCUCCCAGGCCCAUUUCGGCCCCAUAGCGCUGUCCCCACUGGCACCAGCCCUUAUUCCCACCCAUCCUGCAUUGCUGACAGGACACCCGCUGCACUUGGUUUCUACCACUCCCCUCCACCCUUCCCCGCUCACUUUCCCCGCACUGCCCCACGCUGCGUACAUCCCAGCCUUAUUCACACCACACCUGAACACAGCCACACCUUCUGCUCUACACCCAAAUCACUUGGUUCAUCCCUUAUUCCAAGGACAAGAGCCCCAUCACUAUUCUUGUUCCAUCCAGACCCAACAGUUACCUGCAGCAAAAGAAGUUUUCAGUGUUUCUAGCUACUUAAAUUAGCCCAAAUGAUUUCACCAUGGCUCCAAUCCAAAAUUUAAAUAGAAUUAAACAUUCAACAUUCAAUCCCAUCUGAGGGGAAAUCUGCUGUGCUGUUGAGA